UCCUCUUUGUAGGACUGACGUCUACAACUGUCACAAACAGAGCUAAGCCAGGAGAGGAGGAAAAAUAGUCUGGUCGUCUCAGGAACAAACUGCUCUCACAUUUCCACUAGCUCAGCUUCCAAAGCUCUCCAGGCCUUAGGGGGGCUGAUCUACCCUCCCAGCUCCCUCUCCCCUUUGGGACUCACCACCCUGCCUGACCGGAGGACAUCCAGGGGACACUCACUCAGCCUCACCCAGGACCUAGGAUUUCAGCUCACUGCAACUGUAUCCUCCUCAGAGGACUCCUGAGCCUGCAGCGUGACCCACCCUCCCUACUUCUGUCUAACGAAGAGAGAGGUAGUUCUCCAUCUUUCUGUACAUCAGUCUCAGGACCACCAGAGCUCCCACUUUUAGGCCUUAUCUCCCAUAGACUGUAUCUGCAGAGAGACAGGAGAACACCCCAAAGACAGUGACAGGAGGAUUUAGAGGAGGGCUAUUUAAUUGACACAGUUGUGAGACAGUGUGUCUGUGUGUUUCUGAUAACGACUGUGGCAGUGAAUGGACACAGACCACUCAUGUAAGCAGUGUGUUAGAGAAAGAACACACUCUGGGGAAGUCUGUUCUAGUGGCGUUGGGUGUGCAGGUGUCCGUGAUAUGCCAGAUGUGUGUGAAUGAGGCAUUGUAAUUGUAAGGCAUUGAAUGUGCAUGUGAUACUUGAUAGAGGCCUCAAGUGUGUCAGAGGCAUUGGUUGUGUAUGUGUGUGAGAGGUAAGUCAGGUUGUGUGCAUGAGUGUGUGUGUGUGAAAGGAGUCAGUCAGGUCUGUGUGUGAGAGACGACGACCGUGGAGGCCUUAGCCCUGGAUUUCUCAGAGAUGGAGGGUCAAGGCUACGACCGGUUUGGUGAGCUUGAGCAAGACACCUACCAGAUCGACUACCGCCGUAUAGUUGGUGACACUGAGCCUGCCAGGCCGCGCCUCUCGCCCCGUGAAGGGGAACACACACACCCCAACUCCAACCCUCGUGGAGCCUACACGCACACCAACCCUCACGGCCACGGGCACGAGACUGCCGCGCAGAGAUACAAUGCCACACGCAUCCAAGCCGGAUACGAACCUGAAAGCAUGGCCGACUACCUGAUCAGUGGAGGGACAGGGUACGUGCCUGAAGAUGGACUGACGGCUCAGCAGCUCUUCUCAAUCGGGGAUGGACUCACAUAUAAUGAUUUCCUGAUUCUGCCUGGUUUCAUAGACUUUAUUUCUGAUGAAGUGGACCUGACCUCAGCUCUGACCAGGAAGAUCACCCUGAAGACUCCUAUCAUCUCAUCUCCCAUGGAUACAGUCACUGAGUCCUCCAUGGCCAUUGCUAUGGCUCUCAUGGGCGGGAUCGGGAUCAUGCACCAUAACUGUACUCCAGAGUUCCAGGCCAACGAGGUCCGCUUGGUUAAGAAAUUUGAGCAGGGUUUCAUCACAGACCCAGUGGUGAUGAGUCCUCGCCACACAGUGGGAGACGUAUUCAAAGCCAAGGUCCGCCACGGCUUCUCUGGCAUCCCUGUCACCGAGACGGGCAAGAUGGGCAGCAAGCUGGUGGGCAUCGUCACCUCCCGAGACAUUGACUUCCUCUCAGAGAAAGACCAUGACAGACCCCUGGAAGAGGCUAUGACAAAGAGGGAAGAUUUAGUGGUUGCACCAGCUGGCGUCACACUGAAAGAGGCCAACGACAUCCUGCAGCGCAGCAAGAAAGGUAAACUGCCCAUAGUGAAUGACAGUGAUGAGCUAGUUGCCAUCAUCGCCAGGACAGACUUGAAGAAGAACCGAGACUACCCACUUGCCUCUAAAGACUCCAGGAAACAGCUGCUGUGUGGAGCGGCCAUCGGAACCAGAGAGGAGGACAAAUGCAGACUGGACCUGCUGAUGCAGGCUGGGGUUGACGUGGUAGUGCUGGACUCCUCCCAGGGGAACUCUGUCUAUCAGAUCAACAUGAUCAACUACAUCAAACAGAAAUACCCUGAACUACAGGUGGUGGGAGGAAACGUGGUGACUGCAGCCCAGGCUAAGAAUCUGAUUGAUGCGGGUGUGGACGCUCUGAGGGUGGGGAUGGGCUGCGGCUCCAUCUGCAUCACCCAGGAAGUGAUGGCGUGUGGGCGUCCCCAGGGCACAUCAGUGUACAAGGUGGCAGAGUACGCCAGGCGCUUCGGUGUGCCCGUCAUUGCAGAUGGAGGCAUCCAGACCGUUGGACAUGUGGUAAAAGCUCUCGCACUUGGGGCAUCCACAGUGAUGAUGGGGUCAUUGCUCGCAGCAACCACAGAGGCCCCGGGGGAGUAUUUCUUCUCAGAUGGCGUGCGGCUGAAGAAGUACCGCGGGAUGGGCUCCCUGGACGCCAUGGAGAAGAACAGCAGCAGCCAGAAACGCUACUUCAGUGAGGGGGACAAGGUGAAGGUGGCUCAGGGUGUGUCAGGGUCGGUUCAGGAUAAAGGUUCUAUCCAUAAGUUUGCCCCCUACCUCAUCGCUGGCAUACAACAUGGCUGCCAAGACAUCGGAGCCAAGAGCCUCUGCAUACUGCGGUCCAUGAUGUACUCUGGGGAGCUGAAGUUUGAGAAGAGGACCAUGUCAGCUCAGGUUGAGGGGGGAGUACACGGGCUCCACUCUUAUGAGAAGCGGCUAUACUGAGGGAGGAGGGAGAGUGAGCUCACGAGCAGCGCCCAGUGUACCCUCACCAGCAGCCACCAGGCACAAUGGAUACAUGUGACCUACCUACAACCACUACUCAACCUCCACCCAAGUUACCACAUCUGACC